UACAGUUAAAACAUUCUCUUGACAUCAGAACAUGAUGUCUAUGCAUCAGAAGGCAUGUUAUAUACAGUAGGUGACGGUAAUACUCCUAAAGAGUAAACGGCCAUUAAUAAUAAGAAGAAGAGAAGGCAUGUUAUGUAUUUGACCUAAGAGCAAACUAUAGUCAUCAUGAGCAAUUUCAGAUUAUUGUUGAUGUUCUCUAAUAACACGUUCAGGGCUGUUCGAGGCAGCACUGUCAUCAUCUCACCCAAGAGGACAUUGUUCGUAACACGACAUGGUUUAUUCAGACGUGAAGAUGCUCAAGUGCUUCAGUGUAAACUAGGCAGAUUCAGUCGUCAGUCAAGUUCCACUGUCGCUGGAACAGAGAAGAGUGAAGACUCAUUUCUGAAGUGGUUUCUCUUGUUGAUACCUGCCACCACCUUUUGUCUCGGGACGUGGCAGUUGAAACGCAGGAAGUGGAAGUUGGAGCUUAUCCGUGAACUCCAGAGCCUGACAAAUUCAGAGCCUAUCCCUUUGCCUGUAGAUCCAAUGGAAAUGAAAGAGCUGGAGUAUAGGCGAGUGAAGGUGCGUGGAUGUUUUGAUCACUCCAAAGAGCUGUACGUCCUGCCCCGCUCCCCUGUGGAUCCUGACAGAGAGGCUCGAGAGGCAGGCAGGAUUUCUUCCAGCGGGGAGAGUGGUGCUAAUGUUAUUACACCUUUCUACUGCACCGAUCUGGGGAUCACCAUCUUGGUGAACAGAGGUUAUGUCCCCAAAAAUAAAAUUAGACCAGAAACCAGGAUGAAGGGACAGGUGACUAAGGAAGUGGACCUAGUUGGUGUGGUGCGUUUAACAGAGCAACGGAAACCAUUUGUCCCUCAAAAUUACGUGGAGGCUAACAAGUGGUACUUUCGUGACCUGGAGGCCAUGGCGAAGGUCACUGGUGCUGAGGAGAUCUUCAUUGAUGCAGUGUUUGACAGCACAAUACCUGGUGGACCAAUAGGAGGGCAGACUAGAGUGACUUUGAGGAAUGAACACAUGCAAUAUGUCAUCACAUGGUAUGGACUGUGUGCUGCUACCUCCUACAUGUGGUAUGCUAAGUUCAUCAAACGUAUUGUAUUGUAAAAACUGCAGUACUAUGCCCUGAUGUAUGCUGUAUAGAAAAGCAAAGCUAUUAUGGACUUUGAUUUGUUAAUAAAGCCUUUGAGAACACAAGCAAUUGUCAUAAUUAAUGCUUGGAAAAUGUAUAGUACUUAAACAUAUUAUAUGGAUGCAAUGACACCUUCAGGACAUCUUAUGCUUUGUAUUAAGGACAAAUUUAAAUACAAAUAUAAAUUUGAAAUGCCUGAAUGUUA